CUCGAGAGUCGCGGUGUCCCACGCCGCACGAGCAAACGGUGGGCUGUCGUUGUCAGUACGGGACACAUCCUGCACCGUCUCUCUGCAAUAUGGCGACAGAGUUUCAUAACCUUCAGGAGCUGAGACACAGCGCAUCACUGGUCACAAAGGUUUUCAUCCAGAGAGACUACAGCGAAGGAACCGUCUGCCGUUUCCAGACUAAGUUCCCCUCAGAACUUGACAACAGGAUUGAACGGACUUUACUCGAGCAGACGGUGAAGACACUUAACUCUUAUUAUGUGGAGGCUGAAAAAAUCGGCGGUCAGUCGUACCUGGAAGGAUGUCUGGCCUGUGCAACGGCUUACAUUAUCUUCCUCUGCAUGGAGACACGUUAUGAGAAGGUGCUGAAGAAGAUAUCGGGCUACAUCCAGGAGCAGAAUGAGAAGAUCUAUGCUCCGAGAGGCCUUCUCCUUACAGACCCCAUAGAGAGAGGAAUGAGGGUCCUUGAGAUCAGUGUUUUUGAAGACCGGGGCUCAGGCAGCUCCAGUCCCAGCAGCAGCAUGUCAUCGGCCGGGAGCGCCGCUCGGUGACUGGAGGGGCAGCGCCAGGCUUACGGGUACCACCACAGGGGCAGCGGGACACUUACCAACAUCCGCAUGCUGAAACAUGAGAGCACCAGGUUCUAAGACAGGUGGAGCGAGAAAAGCAAAGGAGGUGAUCCACAGCAUUCACACUUCUCUUUGCUGAAGCCUUCGAUGUUCCACCCAGAGAACAGGAACUGGUUUACACAAACACACUGGAAUCGAAUAAAUGCGAGCACAACAUCAGUAGGUAGAUGUAGAAGCCAAAGUCCAGAGAGUCUGUUAGUGUAUAUCCCUCAUCCUAUCCAGCUGUCCAUACCAAAAUAAUCAGAAUUUCUUUUGUUUAAUUUUUCCAUUUACCUUUUCUCUCAUUCCAUCACGUCUGUUUCCAUGAGUCAGACCAUCUCUGUGUUAUGGCUGAUUCAGCAGGCUUACCUCUGAUUAGACUAGACCUCAGUGCUUGAUUGUUUUCAGGGAGGUCACUGUCACUAUGUCUCUGCUGACGCACCGAUAGUGGAGUCUGAAGUCUGUGCACCAGUUCUAAAAUUCUGCGGGGAGGAAAAUGACCAGCCUCCUGGGAAACCCAAUGUUCGCUUGUCUUGCUGAAUGAUUGCAUUCAUGUCAGGUGGUUGGGGUCAAGCUGCUUUGAAUGCUGGCAAAUUGGGCCUGCUGUGGGAUUUUUUGCUUCUAUGCUCUGUUCACAUGCAUUUGGCUUCGGUAUCAAACAGCUAACACAGAGCACCUUGGAUUAUUUAUCCUCCUCAUUCACAGCGGUAGAUGCUGGUGAUCCACGUCGCAGCUGCAGGAAACACUCCUAUGCACGCACACACACUUUCUUUGUAUGCAUACAGAUGUAGACAACUGUACAAAAAUGCAUAUACAGAAACACAUUGGCAAGGAGACACACAUGCAUUAGCGCACACACACACACACACACACACACACACACACACACACACACACACAUGCACACGCACACCUGUGGCAAAUGUUUUGUUUCCAUGGGCAUUUUGUUGAUUUAUAUUGAUUUUAAGUGACUUUAUCUAAUCACAACAUAUAUAAACCCAACCCUCAAUGUAAUCCCAAAGAAUGAUAAUUUGCUUUAAAGAGACAUGAAUUUUUCCCUUUUAUGGAACUAAGGCUACGUAUGUUCACACUGCAGGUAAAACUGGCCUGAUUCUGCCUUUUUUUUUUUUCCGCUCAU